UUUAGACCUCCAAAGUUGUGUUUCUGAGACCUUUUUGAUGCCACAACUUGUGGUUUAUAUUGUCUGAUCAGUUGGAGAGCCUCGGAGCGAGAUCUGGCUCUACCUUCCCGGUUCUAUCCUGGAAUUUUGGGGGAUUCUUAGAGCGACGUCGGCAGCACAGCUCCCCUCCCCACACCUGGACAAUGCCGACCUGUGAAGAUUGCCAUGCCCCGGGAGCACAGCUCGGCCAGGGUGACCGGAACCUGUGCAAACGCUGCUCCGACAAGCGAUCUCCACCGGUAGAUUCGCCGCAGGGUCAGGGUGAGCCUAACAAAAUCUUUAUUAACGACCUGUUAUGCUUCGUCGUCAAUAAGAUGGACAAGAUGCCCGGCGAUAUUGUCACGAAGCUGUGCUUGGAGACCUACUCCGAGGAGGAGAUCGAAGACGCCAAGAAACUGACAUUUGACACUUGCAAGCCCAGCGAGCGGUUUAGGAAACGCCAAGGCACCAACAAGUCCGUCACAAAUAUGUCGGACAUCCUGCGGGUUCUGCAUUCCGCCGACCCGCUGACGCUUCCUACCUUUGCGUCCGCAUCACUCCGGCUUCCUGUCGUAGAGCUGGAACACACGGACUUCAGCUUGUGCUUCCAGGAGAUUCAGGUGAUACGACAGGAAAUGAAAGUCAUUCGGGCCACUACCGUUGACAAUGUGAAAGUGCAGGCUGAAAUUGCAGCCCUUCGUAGAGAAAUCGCCGAGUUGAAAGACGUGAGGGCGUCAGCACCGCAAACUGCGCCGGCGCCUCGCCAUACUACCUUUGCCGACGUGGUGUCUGAGAACCACCCCCAGUCGAUCGUGCAUCCCCCGGCAGCGAGGCGAGCCUCAGGUCCCACUCAAGUACACGUCCUACGUCAGGGUGCCGCUACCAAACCCAAGUCCCUUGCCCCGAUGGACCCUGCCCAGGCUUCCCGUUCAUCGCCCCUCUCCCCCCGAGGCCACAGCUCGGGUGUUCCCACAGCCCCCGACGAGGAUGGGUUCAACAUGGUCAAAAGGAAAAAGAACAAAUCCAGAGCAGUGGUUGGCACUGCUAAGUCUUCCACACUGUCUGCGAUCAAGGCCAGACCAGUCGAGAUUUUUGUCACACGUCUGGGCCCUGACACCAAGUCGGAAGACGUCGAACGAGCGAAGCCGUAG